AUGUUUGUCUUAGCCAUAUCUUCUCCUUCUUCAACCACUCUCAUCAGACCACUAAAACCAACUGUAGUAAACCGGUCACCGGUUCGAAAAAUCCUCUGCCUGAGUCAGAGGAAGCAGAGCAAAACCGGUACCAGAAAAUCUUGGAUCGUCCCAGUAAGUCUCUCACUUUUUGGUUCAGGCUUCUUCUUGGGUCCUCUUCUCGAUGGUCUCCACUCACGUGUCAAUCUCGUAGUUUACCAAAACGGAGCUUUUCAAAUCGGUCCUCUUCAUACAAACAUAUGGGUCCCGUUCUUGCUUGGCUUAUUUUACUGCACAGUAGGUUUACUCCAACUUCUAUUGGAUGAAAAAACCUAUACAAAGUCUCCACGUGGUAGCCUGGACAAAACCGUAACUUCACUCUUAGCAUUGGUGUUGUUCUUAGAGCUAAGUGCUGAAAUGUACAAAGCUGGAGUUUCAGACAAUAUAGAAGCUUACAUUCUCUUUGCAUUAGCUGAGUUUCUUUGGUUCUCUCUCGAUAGAACUUGGCUUGGCUUCACCAUUGCCACUCUCCUCGGUUUCGCCUGUCCCUUAGCCGAAAUACCCAUUAUGCAAUUCUUGCAUUUGUGGUACUAUCCAGAAGCAAACAUAGAGAUCUUUGGUCAGGGAUUGGUUACUUGGACAACAACUUGCUACUUUGUCUACACACCGUUCUUGAUCAACUUAGCAAGAUGGCUCAAGACAGUUAUGGAGACUACUACUGAUGUGGACAUUACAAAAAGAAAUUAG